GCGGAAAAGCGGAAAAGCGCUCAUGAGCAGGCCGAGAGGGCUUAAGAUGGCCUUUAAUGGCCUUGAAUGACCUGUGAUGGCCCCGAGAUGCCUGAUGAGGACUGGCUCUGAUGAUGUGUACAAAGAAGACGAUGUACCUUACUGUACAUCGAAAGACAACCCCUGCAUUGUCCAACGUCCGUGCCUCGUGCCUCGCCCUUGCGUCCCCUUUGCGUAACGGGCUGCCAACAACAGAUGACCAGCCUGUGUCAAGUGUGACGACGCACGUCUCAUGUCACAGCCCAACAACUUGGGAAUCUCGACUUCAACGACAUCCUCGCUUUCGCUCAACUUUGCCACGACUUGACGACACUGACUGAACUCGCCUAGCUACCGCUUUCUGGCACGCAUCCGACACCGAGUGGCGGUUUCUUUCUUCCUCCUCACCCCCUCCAGGGUUCGUGAUCCCGCGUCCCUUGGACCGCCGACUGAACACAGCAGCAGAAGGAGCCCGCUCUCUUUUGCUGGUCGCAUCGGCACCGACCUAUCCGGGCAGCCCGCGCGCUUUUUGCUUGACGCGAUCUUGUUUAGCCGCACAGCUCAGGGAGGGGAACGGCCAUCGAGCCUUGUUGCUGCGCUGCCUGGCUUUUGCGACCUCCUCUUUGCGCCUAUGGUACGGCAAAAUCAGAAGAGACAUCCGCGAUAGGCGACUGGGAGAUAUAGGAGUCCAUCAACUGCUAUACCGGACACGACACGACACGAUACAACACAACACACCAGCGCCAGAUCAUCAAGUUCCAAGGGAACCGUCAACGCACCUCGCCGCUUUGAGAAAGGAGGAAAAGGCACCAUGGCGUCAUUGCCAGCAAAUGUCCUAGGGAGAGGCGCACAUGAUGGCAUGCUCCCCGAGCACCAUCACUAUCUGAAGCCUGAUACGGAGAGUGAAGAGGGUGGUCUAGACCCCCUUGUUGUUGUUGCCACCAGCCAGCUUGCCGAGAAGACAAGUCAAUUGACACUAUCGACGCCUAGAAGCGAGGAAUUGGGGUCUGGAACCAAAGACGGCAAUCCUUCCGUGACGUACCGUGGCCAUGGCAAUAUGGGGAGCAACGGCUUCUUGCCGGAUGGACAGGUGGAUGAUGAUACCUCUUCUUGCUGUCCCAUGGUCGAACUCUCGCAGCUGCCAAACGAGGUGCUCCUCCAUAUCCUGAGUUAUCUCGAAGUCUGUGACUUGUUGGCAACCUCCAGGACCUCCCACCACCUCCGCACCCUCUCCCUCUCACCCCACCUCCACCGCCUCCGCCUCCGCCGCGCCCGUACCACCCUCCCGACCCAGCUCGCCUCGCCCUCCCGCCCGACCCUGACCGACCUCAUCCGCCGCUCCAUCUUCCUCACCAACACCACCAUCGUCUCCCGCCGCCUCGCCCGCUCCUUUGUCUCCAUCCGCCUCUCCCGCCAGCUCGCCGCCCGGCCGCCUCCAGAAGUGCUGGUGGAGCGGUGCGUCCUGCCGGCCGAGUGCCUACCCGGUAAGAAGGCCGCCGUUGCCCCCGCGUUGGUCGCGAGGAAGAGGGCGGUGGAGAGGGAGAGGGUGAAGGAUAGGCUGAGGGGGUUUGUGGGGAGUGUUUGGGGGGGCAAGGUGAGGGAAAAGGAGGAGGGUGUCAAAAAGUGGGAGGAGAGGAGUGGGGUGGGGAGGGUUUGGAGGUUGAGGAGGUUUUGGGAGGGGGUUAGUAAGGAGCAGGGGUGA